UAUUUCUUUACCUUUUCAAAGGACUACGUACUUGCUUCUUUAUUCAAUUUAGCAUCCAUUGGUGCCUUGUCCUUCCUUCCUUCCUUCCUUCCUUCCUUCCUUCCUUCCUUCCUUCUUUCUUUCUUUCUUUCUUUCUUUCAAAAAGCACAAUGCAUUUUUAAUUUUCUCAAACCUCUCCUGGAUUGAAGGAUGAGGGAGACAUUGUGACAUCACAGAACCAACCAAUCAGCAUCAUGCGCACCGGAGGCCAGCUUCUGCUGACAAUGAGUUGAAUUAGGUUCCUGAAGCUCAACUCUGGAAAGCGAUAGGGAUAGCUGACCAGAGCAUGGUGAGUAUGCUUUCAGAGUUGUUCCAAUGUAAAUUUGUAAAUUCAGAACUUAAAAAUGGAAAGUGUAAUGCGGGUGGGCAACAAAAGAGGUUUAAAGACUCUCUCAAGGCAAAUCUUUAAAAAUGUAGUAUAAACACUGGAAACUGGGAAACACUGGCCUGCGAGUGCUCCAGUUGGAGAACAGCCUUGACCAAAGGUGUUGUGGACUUUGAAGACGCUGAAACGCAGGACGAAAGGGAGAAAUGUGCCAAGAGGAAGGCAUGCUUGGUAAACUCUCACCAUGAUCAACUCCUGCUUGGAAACCUAUGUCCCCACUGUGGAAGGACGUGUGGAUCCAGAACUGGCCUCCACAGCCACUUACGGACUCACUGUUAAAAGCCUUUGUCUUUCAAAUUCUUUUUUAACAUUCAUCUGCUUGUGUGUGUGUGGGGGGGGUAGUUUCCUCUUUUGAUUCAGAUUUGACCAUGCUGGCUUUUCUUGGCAAUUGGCCAUGUACAUGUAUAUUUCAUUUAAUAGCACUAUGGCUACUGCUUCCAACUGGCUUAACAUCACUUCUUAUACCUCGUGCCAGAUUCUAGGGUCACCACCCCUCCGAUCAGUUCCAUGAGCAACUGUUCUAGGGCAGAGUCAUAUUAGGGUAUCUAGAAAUUUUUCCUUUUUGUUGUGACUGGGACACAUAGGUAGCCAAUCUAUGCGAGACUAGUUCUAAUAGCCCAUUACUAACAUAAUCAACAUUUCUUCUUAUGGAUGCUUCCUUGAUUUCAUUCUUCAUCCUAAUAUUUCCUUGAGCAUUUUCAUCAGUGGGACGAUAGCACACCUCCUGUACUAUAUUAUUCUUAGAGCCUUGUUCAUCACCCGCAAUGUUUCUGUGGAGUCUGUCCCUUUUGGGAUUUCUAGCAUGUUGGACUUGGUCAAUGACCUCUUUAACAUACAGAAUGAUACCAGCUCCAGUACAUUCUUCUCUGACCUUCCUAUAGCAUUUGUAUCCAGAUAUAACAAUGUCCCACUGGUUUUCUCUGUUCCUCCAGUUUUGCAUUAUGCCUAUUAUAUCAAUGCAGUCCUCUAAGACUAAGCACUCUGUUUCACCCAUCUUGGCUCAGAGGCUUCUAGCAUUAGCAUAUAAACACUUGUAUAUUAUCUCUCUUUAAGGGACCAUGACUCUUGCUUUUGGACCUGCUGUGCUUUGGCCUUGCUAAAUUGCUAUCCUUUGCUCCUGCACUCACAGUGCCUAGUUGUACAGUCAUUUGCCUCCAGAGACAUUUACUUAUGAAUUACAUUCCAUUUCUAUUACUUCAGAACAUGAGAAGAUACAGUUAAUCUCGUAUAAUUUCCUGAUUUUUCUCUAUAACCAAUGCUUCCUGGCUUCAUUUUAUCUGCAGAUUUUACCACUCCACAUGUACUUUAGAUUUCUAGCAAAUGUUAAAGACUAUAUAUUUCUGUCCAUGUUUCCUUGAAAAAGCACUUUUGAACUCAGUGGGACUACUUCCAAAUAAACAUUCCUAGGUGCAGAAUGUGGGUUGCCACAGUUCUCCUGAGGUUCUAAUACUGAGAUUUAGAUAGUUUGAGAUUAGGAUUAGUGCUUGUGAGGGGAAGUUGGUUUGCACUGAUGACUAACAGAUGAAAGAGGAAGUCUACCAAAUCAGUGUGUGGUGAGUCAAAAAUGGAAAGCUAGAUUUAUUGUGAGCAGUGUGAAUAAGGAACAAAGGAUUACCACCUCUUCCAAUGUAGGGAGACUUACAUUGGCUCCCAGUACGUUUCCGAGCACAAUUCAAAGUGUUGGUGCUGAACUUUAAAACCCUAAAUGGCCUCGGCCCAGUAUACCUGAAGGAGCAUCUCCACCCCCAUCGUUCAGCCCGGACACUGAGGUCCAGCUCCAAGGGCCUUCUGGUGGUUCCCUCACUGUGCGAAGUGAGGUUACAGGUAACCAAGCAGAGAGCCUGCUCAGUGGAGGUGUCCGCCCCGUGGAACGCCCUCCCAUCAGAUGUCAAGGAAAUAAACAACAAUCUGACUUAUAGAAGUACUUUAUCUCAAAAUGUCAGGAAACUUAGAAAUACUUUUUGAAAACUCUGUAUGCUAAAAUAGGAACUUCAAAAGAGCUUCAAAAUUUUCAGUUAUGAUAAGGAAAAGCAUAGUACAUAGAAUAUUAGCCAUAUCUCUCCUGUCUCAUGAAAUAUUGUUUUGAUUAAUUUUAACCCAAACUAGAUUCAGUAUGAAUUGAAAAAAGAACUUGGCUGUGUUUUAAGACCAUAAUGUAGACAUGGCCUUAUAUGUCUAUUCAGUUUACCCUGCAUUACUUUGCAAGUGCAAUUAUGUAAUUCUUAAUCCAUAUCAUUUUCUAAAUAAGCUGCCUGCCAUUUCCUCUAUGUUGCUACAUUUCCCUUCAAAGUCCAUCAAAUUUGUAACAUUAGUUUCUGAAUGAUGCAUUAUGCAUCAAUAAAACAAGUGAUUUGUUUCAGUUAACUUUUUGUAUAUGUACCGUAGUCUUUUAUACAUACAGUACUGGGGUUAUGCUUUACCCCAAGGAAUGGGAAUCUCUGGCCCUCCUGAGAUGUAGUUAAGACUGCAGCUCCCAUCACUCUUGACCAAUGACUAUGGUGGCUGGGGCCAACAUCUAAAGAGCCCCAGGUUCCCCACUGCUGCUCUACCCUCUGACCCCAUGGAUUGCUAGAGUGCCAAUUCAAACCCAGUUAAAAUCUUUAUUAUUAUUUAUUAAAUUUCUAUAACACCCUUCACCUAAAAAAUGCAGAGCUGCUUGCAAUAUAAAAACAUAAAAAUACAUACCAUAGCAACAAACAAAAACACCCCCCUCCAGUUUUAAAAAAAUAAUUAUUUGUGGGAUGUAAAACUGCAGUCAAGUACAACAUUUCUACAGUAGACAUGUGACUUGAAGAGGGUAUGGUCUGUUGUACUAGCAUGGAGGAGCACACGGCCUCCACAUUAUGAUCAGUGUGUGUGUUCUCCAUUUUGGAUGUUGCUGUAUGCUUGGAUACAGUCACUUGGGACUAACUUCUUUAUGGAAUAGUUCUAGUUGUUAAGUAACCUAAGUCUGCCUUCAGGGAUAUGUCUGUGAACCUGAAUGAAUCUGUGAGUAAAUUAUUUCUUAUAUUAACGUUAAUCAGAUUCUUGUUCUUAUUCUUUUUAAGAGGGAAAGGCAAGGGAUUUUACCAGGAAUGAAUCUUUAAUAUUGUAGUAGGACUCAGAUGAGUCAGCAACAAGCUGAUCACUGCGUAAUCUAAAAAGGGGGAUGUUUGGAACUCUGCUAGAAUAUGGGACUUGCUAGCGCAAGUUUGGAAGGAUAUUAUUAAAUAAUAUAUCCUCUCCUGCUUCCCUAAUCAUCCCAUUAUUUAGCGUAUUUACUCGAGUCCAAUGUGCCAUCAAAUCUAAUGCACACCUAAAUUUUCAAAACCGAAAACGUUUUCGCUGGCAAAUGUAAAUGUGCCAUCAAAUCUAAUGCACAACUUAAAUUUUUGCAAUAGUAAUUAGUCAAGGCCUGGGAGACGGGGAAUUUUUUUGCCUGGCAGCUAAAGAUAAUGAAGGCGGCAGAUGAGCCACCGUGAAGAGAGCAUACCGCAAAUGGAGAGCCACUGCAGAAAAGGCCUGUUCUUAUGUUGCAACCCUCUGGCCCUCUCCUGGAGUGAGCACACAAAAAGGGGCCUCAGAUGGUGAUUGCUGAGUCCAGGUUGAUUCAUAUGAGAGGAGAUCCUUGAGGUAUUGCAGUCCUGAGCCAUUUAAGGCUUUAUAGGUAAAAGCCAGCACUUUGAAUUGGACCCAGAAACUAAUUGGCUACCAGUGCAGUCAAACCAGGAUGGCUUAAACUGUCUUGCUUCGGUGAGCAACUGGGCCUCUGAAUUCUGCAUUUGCUGAAGCUUCCCAACUGUCUUCAGAGGCUGCCACACAUAUUAUCACACGAUAAUAUAUUUUUCUCUCUCUUGGUUUUUAGUCUCCAAGGAAAGGUGCACAAGAGAUCAGAGUCCAGCUUUCCUAUACAGUCAUACCUUGGGUUACAGACGCUUCAGGUUGCGUUUUUUUGGGUUUCGGACCUGCCGAAACCCGGAAGUACUGGAACGGGUUACUUCCGGGUUUUGGCAGUCGCACAUGCGCAGAAGUGCUAAAUUGCGCUUUGUGCAUGCGCAGAAGCGCUGAAUCGCAACCCACGCGUGCACAGAUGCGCCACUGGGGGUUCUGAACACUGCAGGUUGCAAACAUGCAUCCCGCCCAGAUCACAUUCGCAACCCGAGCGUCCACUGUAUGUCGUGUAUAGAACAGCCGUUGACAAAUAAUGUUAGCAGUGGCUUACCAGCCCCUCUUCGGAAUUGCCUACUUUUUAUCGGAAGAGAACCUGCCAAUGAGUUUUUGUUUUCCUUACAGGGGAUACGUUUAGAUCUGCUCAGUAUUGUCUUAUAAAUCUUAGUUCGUCUUGUGUCCAUUGCCUCCAAGCAACAUGCCAAGAAAACUCCACCUGUUGCAGAAAGGAAGCCUCUCUUCGCUGAAGCAAGGGAAAAGUUGUAGCUUCGCAGAAAUGGGAGUACAUAUUUACAGGGGGCAGAGGACCUGGCAGGCUGUAACGAAACGGCCACUUGCUCCCCCUUUCCUGGCAAGGUAGGACAGGCACUCCCUUCACAGAAUUUCCUAAAUCUGAAUACAUGUAAUCUGAAUUUAUUUGCGGAGAAAAGGCAGGCCUUUUUUAAGAAGACUCCCCUUUUCCUCCUCAAACAUUGGAGCGCAGAUUUAAAGGCCAGUUAGCACUGCGACAGUCAAAUAUGUUUUCAUUUUCUUUAUGUUGUGAACUGCCCUGUGAGGUUCAGCUGAAGGGAAGUGUACAAACGUAAGAACUAACAAGACAGAGAGCAGCAAAAGGCAUCCCUGUCAAUGGAGAGGUGUGCGGCCAAGUUACUUUAUCAUUAUUUUUUAUAUUUAUGAUUUUCAGUUAUUUCAAUAGUUUUACUGUCAUUUUCGAAACCUGACCUCUUUGUGCCGUUCCUUAAUUUAUUUUAUCAUUUCCUGCCUAUUCUAACUUAACUUCUUUUAUUCAUUGACUUUAACUAUUUACUCUUAUGAAACUGCUGGUUAUUACAAUAAUCCUGCCAAUGCCCUUGUUGCCGGGAAUAUUUCUUCUCGGGUGCCUGCAUAAUAAAAUGUGUGUGUAUACACACACACGUACAUACACACAAACACAAAUUUCCAGUUUUGCCAUUUAAAAUACUCAUUUAAACAUCCUUAAAAUCAUUGACUUCCCUUCUUCUCUUUCCAAAUUCAUUUUGGAUAUCAUAAAUCCCAGCAUAUUUUACAAAAACUAAACCAUUCAGUAUUCCAUUUUUGUAUCCAUCAAAACGGGACGAGACCCUUUCGACCGGGCGCCUGAAGCGCUCACCUGUCUCCUCAACGCCAGGAUUAAGCCCGCCUGUUUCAAAACCAUGGCCUUCCCAUCCCCGCAUCUUGGACGCCACCCUGAGCCGGCCACCGCAGCCCCUUCGGUUCCCCUCAGGGUUUUCCCGCCGAAAGCCAACGGUCCGCGCGUUCAAACAGACCGAACGGAAGAGGAUGCUUAACAGCGGCCAGGGGAAGUUUCACGCCGCCAGCCCUCACAUAUAAGUCGGGAAAGACAAGUGCGUGUGCGAGGGGAAAGAAAAACAACACAGCGGCCCCUUCCAAGCGCUUUAGGGCCCGAGAAACAAGCAGUCCGCCCGCCCGCCCGCUCCUUUCCUCCGCCUCCUCCUCCUUCACAAGAGAUGGCGGACAGCGAGGAAGAGAAGAAAGGAACGGCGGCGGCCUAACCCCGCAUGCGCACUUGAGGGUUUCAGGCCCAGCGAGCGGUGGGUGGGUCGGUGUGUUUGUGUGUGUGAGUGAGAGAGAGAGAGAGCGCGCGCGCGCGCCGCUGCCUCGCCGGCGGUUGCGGGUUUUGAAUUUAGCGUCUAGACCUCGGCGAAGAGCCCCGCUCGGCGCCCUAUUGGUUGAGCGCGGGUCACGUGCGGUGGGGGCAUAGGCGAGCGGAGGAGGAGGAGGAGGAAGGGAAGAGAGGGAGGGCCGGCGCUCGAGCGCGCGACGGCCAUAUUGGUUCGGAGCAGAGCCCGCCUGUUUUGUGUGUUCUGCCCGGGGAGGAGCGGCCGGAGGCGGGAUACGCGAGGCUGGCCGGGCGGGUGGCUCCGCUCCUUGCAGCAGCGCCGAGUCCCAGCUGAGCAGGAGCCGCUUCUCUUCGCUCCCUUUCUUUAUUUGCUUGGAACAUCCAUUUCGCCUCAGCGAAGCACCUGCAGAGCCGCCUUCGUUUCUUUUCGCUCCUCCUCCCCCCCCUUCUCCCUUUUUUCCCGCUCGCUCGCUUCCUCACCCUCGCGGGUUAUUCUCUUUAUUCAUUCAUUUGCAUCCUCGGUUCGCUCCCUUUCGCGCUUAACUUUUCCCUCUCCCUGACUCGCUGCUCGUUUGGCAAUUUGCUUUUAGGAUUCCUGUGGUGCUUUUUUUUAACCUUUGCAUUGCCAGGUUCUCCGCUUUUGAACCCCUUUCGGGCUCUUUUUUUCUUCCUGCCUCCCCCUCUCCCCCCCUUGGGUUUCCUCCCACCCUUUCCCCGCGCGUUUUUUGCGCGCCAUGGCGGCGGCGGUGGCGGCCAUGGCCUCGACGCCGUCGGGGCAGCGCUCGCGGGGCAGCGCGGCGAGCACCCCUCUGAGCCCCACGCGCAUCAGCCGCCUGCAAGAGAAGGAAGAGCUGCGCGAGCUCAACGACCGCCUGGCCGUCUACAUCGACAAGGUGCGCAGCUUGGAGAUCGAGAACAGCGCGCUCCACCUCCAGGUCACCGAGCGAGAGGAGGUGCGCGGCCGGGAGCUCACCGGCCUCAAGUCCCUCUACGAAGCCGAGCUCGCCGAUGCCCGGAGAGCCUUGGACGACACGGCCCGGGAAAGGGCCAAACUGCAGAUCGAGCUGGGCAAGAUCCGCAACGAGCACGACCAGCUCCUGGGCAAGUAAGUGGCCGAGGAGGAGACGGAGACCCCCUCGAUCUCUCUUCCUUUCUUGGCUCCAAUAAGAGUUCAUAGGAGCCAAUUCCUAGGGCUAGCCCCCUCCCCCCAUCAAUAAAAUAUGUGAGAGGGUCUGCCCCCCCUCCCCAAAGCUGAUGGGCAUUCAAAUGUUGCGCGUGCACAGCAUCAUGUGAUUGUGUGAGGCGGGGCUCCCCCCCCCCCAAUAUUUCACUCCAGUUGGCACUCGGUGUUCCAAACUCCCAUUGUUCUGGGCGCGUUUUGCGUGCUGUUUCUGAGCCCUGGGCACAGCACUGCGCCUUAGAUUUUCGAUUAAAACUGCAGAAUGGAAGGAAAGGAGGAGCUUUUCCUGCCUCCCCGCUUCCAAAGACAGGAGAAGAGACCCUCUUAAGGAUAUUAGGGGGGUGGGCUAAACCAGGUGAAAAAUGAACAUAAUAUUUUAGCUGCCGUUCAUUCAUUUGCAGCACUGUAUUCUUGUUAUAGAAAGCAUGUGCCCAGACAUUCAGUUGUUGCGCCUGUAACCUCGUUUUAAGGUGCCGUUUAGCUCCUAGCUUUCAUAUCCCACUUUCUAACACUGGCUGGCACCCUUGAUGGGGUCAUCAGGCCAGGAACAUGUGGCCUCUCUUGGUCCCCAAGAGGAUCCCUUCUCACAUUGCACCACAUGACUGAGGCUGACUGCCUGCUGGGGAGACCUGGGUCUGGGUCUUACUCCGCUGCUUGCAUGUUGACGUCAUAGACCCUCUUCCAUUUCCUGCCUUCUAAAUAACUGCCUCCGACCCCACCCUGUCCCUUGGAAUCUCCACACCAUACUUCCUCCCACCCGUGCCUUCUCUACCCCUGCUUGGGAUGGCCACCUUAGAUUUGCGUGCCCCCAAAUCAGUUAAUAUAGGUCAGCGUGGAACUCGUCCAUGAAGUUUGUUUCAUAAGAGGGUUUGAUAACUUCCCCUCACUUUCAUGUUUGGGGAGAUACCAUGUCAGAAGUUAGAAUCAUGGUAUCUACGGAGAAAUGUUGGUGUGAGAGAACUCUUUAUUCAUGUGUUUCCCUCGGCAACACUUUUCAUCCUGUUUUAUAGAGGUGUGCAUGAUGUUUGGUUCCUCCUUUCUGGCUCCUUCUGUUAAUUUAUUUGUAUUUCUGUCCAUGCAUGUUCUCUAUGCUCUAUUUGUAAAGGUGAGCAGUAAAGUAAGAGCAUGUUUUGUAAUCUUCACUUUAAAACAAGGCAAAACUUGAGCUAACAACAGAUUCAAAAUCCACCUUUUUACUCCAUUGAAAGAUGAGAAUCAGGCAUGGUUAAGAGCGUGUUAUUGUCUCCUCCCCUUUCCUCCCAUUCAUUUCUCGAGUAGUGAGCAUAUUAGUCUGACUCCUCUAGCUGCUGCCAUGUGCUAUAGCUAGUGUGGUAAUAUUUGAAUGAAUGAAAAAGAGGCCUGGGAGGUGGUUUCUUAAGAGCAGUUUCCGGUCUAACUGACAGUAUGAGGUGUAUGACACUGGGGUGGGCCAUGUUUUCAUCAUCAUUUCAUAUGUUCUGAUUUGAUCUAGAUACAUGGGUCAUUAACAUGUGAUACUUAUCUACAAAGUUGUCAACUUGCACAAUUUGGCUAACUUUUUAAAUAGCUUAUCUAAAGUGGUAGUCCCCUUUAGAGCUAAAAUAGAAGGGGAAGUUUUUCUGUGUUUGCUUUUGUUGAUUUUAGAAAAAAAACCCACAAGAUAUAUUGCAACAACAUAGGUACUUACUUUAAAUGCAGUUCUUGAAAGAGAAGCGUUUAAUACGAAUUUUUCCCUAUUUUGGUAAGAGCAUUCCUGUUCAAGCAUUAACAAUGCAUGUGAGAAUUGAAAUCACUCCUAUUUAUGUUCAUGUUACGUUUUUGAGCUUUGCAGAGCUGCCUGCCUAAAGAAAUGUGUGUAACUUUGGAAGAAGGCAGAUUGCUCCUUUUCUCCAGUGCUCAGUGAAUAAUUUGGUUCAUAACUCUAUGGAACCUUUUCAUUUUGUAUGCUUUCUGGUAUUGGGCUUGUUCCUUUUGCUGGCUGGCUUCACUUCUUUGGAAUGAACAGGUGCUUGCUUGCACUGAUAAGCUUGAUUCAUACACCUCCAGAGCUCUGCAGAGGAAUGCUUUCAGGGGUACCCUCAAAGCUUUCCUUUAACAGUUGUGUGCUGUCAGUUUGCUGUUGCUUUGCCUUUUUAUUUUUUGUUAAUGGCAUUCAAAAUUUGUUUCUUAGGAAGCUUUCACUUGUGCUAUUUCUUGUUUUUUUAACCAUUUUCAAAUCUGGUGUGUGGCCAUACAUUUGGGGUGAGAAGACUUUUCUCCCUGUAGACCUCUGUCCCCCAGUCUUAUUCUGAAACAGAAUGGGCAUAGUGGAGGGGUAGCAGAAAGGCACUAGAAGUCUUGUUGCCUGCCAUUUUUCCUGUUCUCUUCUCUGAUCCCCCUCCCCAGCUCUGCGUUUGUUUGUUUGUUGGCAGUGUACAGCUGCAAUCAUGUAAGUGAAAUUGGGUAAGAUGUAUUUAAUUAUAUGUUCUAAAAGCUUUUUAAAAUUCAUUUAGGGCAAUUUUGUAUUUAGGACAAUUUUGGAUACCUUGAAAAAAUGGUUCAGGUGUUGCAAUUUUUGUAGUAUAUUUCACAGUGAAAAACUAUGCAAAGUAAUCAUCUUUUGCUCACUUCAUCAUCAAAGUUGGCCAACUUCUGUAUUCUUAUGGCAGUACUCCUGGAAUUACAACUCUGAGGGGGCAGUAAACUACAGUUCCAGAAUUCUUUGAGGAAAAGAAUGUGCUGCAAAUGUGCCUCUCCAGUGGCCUAGGAGAAGUAGAAUGUUUUUGCCUGGUGCCUAACGAUAUGUAAUGAAGGCACCAGGCAAUGUUAGAAACUGGGAUAGAAAAGCUAGGAGCCAAAUGGCUUCUGGGAUCUGGCUUGUGGGCACCAAAACAGAAUGUCUAGGGGUGGGGGUGGGGCCGACAACAAUUUUUAUUUAUUAUUUUGAUAAGCAUGAACUAAUAUGCAAUUCACGUAAGUGACACAUUGUUAAUACAUGUUUAAUUUGGUGUUUACAAUAAAAAAAUUGGUACCAUGCUUCAGUUUUCAAAACACACUACUCUUUAUUGUGAAACUCCUUAACAUAUUGUCUAUCCUUAACGUACACUUCAAGGCUCCAUACAUUUCAGUAAUCCUUGAGUGUCGGCCAGGGGGGAAAAUGGCAUCCAGACUUUUUGAGGUGCUCGCAAAUGGGGAAUCUUUAGGUGCAAAAUGCUCCUGACACCCUUCUAAUUUCAAACUCUGGUGCCAGGGGAGCCUCCCUGUGGAGAUCAUCCCGCAAACAGGGAGCCACUGCAGAAAAGGCCCUUUAUCAUGUUGCCACUCUCCAGGUGUCUUGUGGAGGGAGCAAAGAAGUGCCUCAGAUGAUGAUUGGAACUCCUUGCGGUCUCUUUCUAUUUUUAAUGCUCUGAAUAAUUUGGUGUCAUCGGAAAACCUGGUCAAUUCACUGCUCACCCCAACUGCAUAAUUUAAAAUAUAUAUAUAUAAAGUACAGUGGACGCUCGGGUUGCAGACGUGAUCUGUGCGGGAUGCACAUUCGCAACCCGUGUCUGCGCACAUGUGGGUUGCGCUUCUGCGCAUGCGCAACCGCCAAAACCCGGAAGUAACCCGUUCCAGUACUUCCGGGUUUCAGCUGUCCAUAACCCAAAAAAAAAACACGCAACCUGAAGGGGCUGUAACCCGAGGUAUGACCGUACUAGUUCCAAUACAGAUCCUUGAGGGACCCACUUCCUACAUCCUGUCCAUUUAAGCCUACACUCUGCUUCUUGUUCUUUAACCAGUUACUGAUCCAUAAGAGGGUCUGUCUCUUAUCCCAUGUGUUAAGAUCACUUUGUUGAUUUUAGAAAAGUAAAUAGUAAAAAGCUUUUUGAAAGUACCAUGUAUGCAAUGUCUAUUGGAUCAUCCCUGUCCACAUAUUUAAAUUGGAUAAAAUUGCUGCAGUGGUUGCAUCUUACCUGCUGACUGCCUUUGAUCCAUGAUCUAAAAGCUUCUUCAAGAAGAAAGUUAUGUUCAUUUUGCUGUUAUGCUUAUGGCGUCCUUCUUUGCGUCUGCUUGCAUGCUUUUCUUGAUUCAACUUGCACGUUUGAACUGCUAACUGGUUUUUUAAUGCUAUAAAUUAGAGUUCAAAGCUUUGUUGCCACCAUAUUCAAAGCUCUGUUUUACUAAUUGUGCCUUCUCAGCAACAUUUGCUGUGGUAUAAUUUGUGGUGGGCAAGUUUUAAAGCUUGGGAAAAGCUACUUCUAAACAUUAGUAAUAGUCUCAGAUAACAGCCUUCUGGUUUUGUGAGGUGUAUUAGUAUAUAUAAAUAUUUGAGAAGAAGAAUGUGUCCAGCUGCUGCAGCUUAGGGACUUUGUCUUGCAGUGAGGAAAAGAAGGUGAUGCUAUCAUUCCUGUAGAGCCAGGUAUGUAUCUUUUUGUGUUAGGAGAUACGUUGCACAUCCAUCAAUCCAUAUGUGGUGGUAAUGGAGUCAUGAAGGAUAAAUUUGUAGAACCAUCUAUCUGUACACACACAAACACACACUUGUUAAUUUUUUGCUGGACACUUUCAAAUUGACUGGAGUGGUUGAGAUAAAAUUAUGUUUUCAUAUGUUGGCAGUAGAAUAGGAGAAUCCACAAUAUUAGGUUGGAGUUACGGUGUUCUGCUUUUGUGAAGACCAUUGCUUGUGGCUUGGUGGUGGUUCUUAAAUCUUGAGGCCAUCUUUACUGAGUUUCUGUUGCCUUGCUCUUUUUAUAAUUAGGUUUCUAUGUAGCAGUAACUUCUAGGGUUUUGUAUAGCUGGGCUAAAUUGUAAGGGUGAAAUUAAGUGUGGGAAUUAUGCAUGUGAAAUGGCUUUUAAUCCAGCAGAAGUGUCUGCUAAUUAAAGAGAUUUUUUAUUACUUCUCAGUCCACUGCAUUCUCUCCAAUAAUGUUCUAGAUGGUUUUGGGGGACCCUCCUGUGGUAAGUGGCAUGUAGAGGAGGGAUGAAGAGGGAAUCGGCAAAAAAUGCCUCCUCUUUUCUUAAGUUAGCAGAUGCCUCUGCUGGAUUUUGCCCUAAAAAUCAUUACUUGAAAAAGCAGUGCAUGGGUCCAGAAAUGAUUGCAGGAGGAUGAACUCAUUCAUUCCUUCUGUCUUUAGAUACAGUGGAAGAGUGCACCUUUGGGGGUAUAGUCAAACCAUUGGAGAGUUACAGCGUCUGCUGUGGCUAUAGAGAUCAGUACAGGAGAGACAUGUUUUAUUGCAGCUGGGGCAGAUGAAGGCAUCUGGUUUCACUGCUACAGAUGCGUCAUGACAUCUCUUCUCUCUGUGCUCCUCCAGCAGCCAUUUCUCCUCUGGUCAGUGCUGUGGAUACAUGACCUGACUGUGUGUCUCCAGGCACUUCAUCAUUUGUCAGUCAAUUCCAAAAAGAGUAGCUUUGUUAAAUCUGUAGCAGAAUGAAGUUGAGAAAUAUUGUGCUUAACUGUUGCCCCUUUUCUUGUUGCUUCUGUUCAAGUUGUAUGCUUUCUAAAUUACAUUUAUUCUUUUUUUAAAAACCGGGAAAAUAAACUAGUACUGUGCAUGUGUUCGCUUGCCAUAAUUAGCUCUGAAGCAUCUUAUAGUAGAAAUAUGAUGUGGUUUUCUGCCUAGUGACUGAAUAGUGUAACUCUUGAUAUGGAUUCUAUUUCUCUGGGAACUCCAGCUUACCACUGACAAGCUGGAUUUGCAAAUUGCUAGAGUAAUUAUGGUGAAUGGGAUACUUUGAGAUCAAAGUAAAUGUACAUCUUUUGAAGGGACAGGAAUUUCUGUGCAGACUACCCCCUUAAACCUUUAAUAAACAGGCUUUUCCAUAUUAAUGAAAACAAGGUUGGAAACCGGGGGUGGGAGGGAUAUCUUAAAGUGCCAGUAAUUUGAUUCUCAUCUAUUUGUUGUAAAUCCUCAGGCCCUGCUUCUCAUCUUAAGGCCUGAUUUGCACAUGAUUGGCAAAAGCAAAGCAGUUUAUCUAGUUCCAAGCCCAUGUGGGGUAUUUAGAUGUCAUGUUCUAAUUAAUCGGAUGGUGGUUGAGUUAUUGUAUUCCUACCUCAAAAACGAGUUGAAACUUUAUUUAUUUAUUUUUUGCAAAGGUUUUGAGUUAGAAGCAAAUUUUAUGUGAUUUAGAAGUAGGGCUUGGAUUAAAGUACAUCUGUGGUAACUCCUGUUUGAGCUGUGAAAUGUGCACUUACACGUAAGUAUAAUACUUAAGUUUAAUAUAAUCACUGGUUCCUUUGUUACUUCUUAUAUUAGCUUAUAUUAAUAGCCAGAUAAAAUGCAGAAAUCUGUGAUUCCUAAUUGUGGGUGGUGUGUUUUGACACAUCUCUUAAGGUUGUAUUCAACUUUAAGUAGCAGGUUGGCUUUCUGGAAGCUAAGAAGGGAAAAACCAAUAUUAUAGAGAGCUGCUUUCUCUAUUAAUGUUAAGAACAAUCUUGUAUAAGCACUCAGUUCUGGGUGAACUACUUAACUUCUGCUGUUAAAAUGAGUAACAACCCAGUGAGAAAGACCCUUGUAAGAGAUAUUACUGUAUACAGGUGAGCACCCUGGAGAACCAUAGUGGCUCGUGAGAAAACCCACCUGAGAUCCCAAAGAGGACCUCUUCGGGCUCUGGGAAGGAUCUCCUCGCAAGCUGGAGGGGCAGUGGGGCUUUAUUGAGCUGCUCAGCCUCACUUCCUAGCAUCAGACGUGUCCCCAUAACCCAAAGAAGAUCUCAGCGUGAGCUGGAGGGGCAGCAGGGCUCGCUCAGCUGAUGCACUGGGAUGCGGCUGCUGCUGCGCUACCCGACACACAGUGUUAGAAACUGGGAUAGAAAACCUAAGAGCCAAAUGGUCCCUGGGACCUGGAUUGUGGAUGCCAAAACAGAAUGUCUAUGGGCCAUUUUGGGGGAGGGGGGUCAGCCACACUUUCUAUUUAUUAUUUUGAUAAGCAUGAACUAAUACGCAAUUCACAUAAGUGACACAUUGUUAAUAUCACAUUUUUAGCAGAAAUUGUUAAUACUUGUUUAAUUUGGUGUUUAUACUAAAAAUAUUGGUAUCAUGCUUCAGUUUUCAAAACACACUACUCUUUAUUGUUAAACUCCUUAACAUAUUGUCUAUCCUUAUUGUAUACUUCAAAGCUUCAAAGCACAUAUAGUUCAGUAAUCCUUUAGUGUAAGCCAGGUGCAAAAAAUGGCACCCAGACUUUUUUGAGGUGCUCGCAAAUGGAGAACCUUUAGGCAUGAAAUGUGCCUGGCACCCUUCUAAUUUCGAACCCAGCCUGCACUCAGUUGUUAGGCAGUGAGGCUGAACAGUUCAACAAAGCCCCGCUGCCCCUCCAGUUCACGAUGAGAUCCUCUGGGGUGAGUUUCCUUGCAAGCCAGGAGUGUGCUCCCUAUUUCCGGAUACCCGGCACCACGCAUAUGUGCAGUCACAUACAAAUAGAUCACAUGUAAAUGGGAGUGGCCUGCAUACAUAUAGCAGUAAAUAGGAUGGAUUUGUGUUCUUGGUAAGUGUAUUGCCUAUUACCCUUGUGCAUUCUACUGUAGGAAACAGAAACCUAGCUGCUUGUUAAUUGUACCUCAACUUUGCUUCAUUCCUUGUGCUGCUACUGCAUGAUUUUGAAUAUGGUCAAAAUAAGUUUGACAGGGUUGGAAAAGUGAAAUGGAUAUGUGAAGUUCUGUGGUAUAAUACUUAAUGCUUGUAAAAUCUGUAUUGGGUGGCAUUACCUGAAACCAAAUACAUCAGUUUCAAAUUGCUUGCAAGAUUGUGAAAUCUUGCCUAAGAGUAAAUUGUAAAGCAUGGUACUUUUGCCAUCUAAAUAUUAUUGUGGAAAGCUAGACUUCAUAUCAGUAACAGGGGCUUCUGUAAUCUUCAGACUUUGUGUCUUAAUUUUCCUCAUAUUAUUUAAAUGUGAUGAAAAGUAAGUUUUAAAACAGUUAAAUAAAUUAGAACACAAUUUAAAAAGAAUAUACUGCAUGUAGUGCCAAUUUCACAUUAAUCAAUACCGUAGUGUUUGAAAGUUCUGUGGUGAAUAAGUGUAUAGACUAUAUUUUGGAACUACUAGGUUGAGGAUUGCCAGAAGAGAAACUCUUAAGCACACAGCUGCAGACGUGAAAGGUUGUACAGUAUGUAUUAGCUGUCAAUCAUUAACUUACAUAGUAAGAUUGCCAGCAGCUAAGAGGAACAGAAUCUUGUACAAUUUUUUUUCCUGUUACUAUCAUCCAGUUCCAGGAACAGAAGAUUUCUUUUAAGGAAAUAACGUUUUUUUCAUUCUUACUUUCCUGCUUCCUUUUUAAAAAAAGGCAUAUUUAUGAAAUUGCAUUGAAAAUCUACAUCCCUAUGGGCCUGUUAUUAAGACAAUGACUUGAUUGAUUGAUUCAGCAAGUGUUAAGUAUAGUUCAGCUGGUGCACAGGGCAACUGUUCAGAGGGUAAACAUAGUUGAAACAGCUGUCCCAAGUCCAUAUUGCUGUGUUAAAGUAUGGACCUCAAUAGGAGAGUUAGUAUAAUCUGAUUUAAAUGAAUGUUUCUCCCUCAAUUGCAAUUCAGACUAUUAUCCAAAUCAUCCCUUUUGCACAUGGCCGUUGUACUGUUGGCACAAUGAUUAUUUUCAGUGUUUGAAUCCUUGUGCUUGUGAAAUCAGACUAUAGGUAGAUGAAGCUCUUGUCUGUCAUUUACUCUGAUUCAGCAUACAACUACUAUAAUUGUAAGCUUUUCAGUGAUUUGCCAAAUGUGCCAUAUGGUUACCGCAAAGUAAGGCAGCUGGGUCACUUCAAGUACUUACUGAAAACUGUCCAAUUUGUCAUGUGCUGGCCCCACGUGUUUGGUGUAACACAGUACUCUUAAAUUAAGAGUUUUUGAACUUUCAUGAAUUUAAUAUGUCUCAGAUACUCCUUGGCAUACCUCCCCCCCACCCCCACCCCCAAAUAGGGCAUGCAUGUAGAGUGGCAUUCUUUUCAAGAUAAGAUAGGUAUACACUAUCUGAGCUUUCUAGAAACAGAGAAUUUACCAGCUGGGUGACUGGGUCUCUGCCAUGAGUGUCUAUUUUGUAUUGUUUUGAUUUAAAUACAUGUGCUGUUUUUGUGUGUUUAACUGUGUUUUUGCUGGUUUUGUUGUACAUCAUCCUGAGCUGAUGGUGUAAAAAGCCAUUGAUAACUAAGGACAAUAAUAAUGCAGAGAGAAAAAGCUAGUCAAUAUUAUUCUUUUAAGGUCAUUGGUGCUGAAUAUUACAGCCUGUAAUAAUUAGGCACUAUACGUUUUUAAAGGCUGUGCUUGAAAUCCUAAAACUAAGUUACUUUUCACUGUAUUUUUUUACUGCCUUAUCACUUUUUAAAAGCAUAUAUGGGCUAGGGGUGGGGAACAAACUUAGGUUCCCAGGAAAGAGAGAACAAAUCACCAUCUACGUUACGGUAAUUUACUGUUUUUUGAAUUGGGUGCCAAAUUUAAAAAAGCAGUGAAGUAUACCACCAGCAGCAAAUGAAGACUCAAGAGUGCCCUUCGAAUGCACUCCUGAUGCUUGGUGAUUAAUUUGCCACACAGGAUUACCUGUGCUGCGCCUGAUGCCAGGUGAUAACAGGUGGGCAUAGUUCAAGCCAAAUCAUGUCAUGGUCCCAAUGGGGAGGCCUGGCAGACAUAACCCUAAUUAGGCUCCAGACUGGAGGUUUCCUAGUACCAAACAGUGGCUCGGUGGCAUGUGUGAACCUAGCACCCCUGCUGGUUUGUUUGGCCAGCAGCUGCCUGCUUCCUUUACAUUCAGUCUAGCCCAUUGAAUUGCAAGCCCUAGCUGUGGUGAAAUUGUAGUGGCCCUGAAACUCAUGUUUUGCGAAUAGUGUUGUGGUAAAGGGUUUGAGACUACUUGCAUUUUUACCUAGGAGACUCAGAAAUUGCCCUUUACUAAGCCAGACCAUCUUGCUCAGUAUUCUGGAAACCCAGAAGGGUAAUAGUAAGUAAAAGAAAAGAAACUCAGUUUUGCCCAAGAGGUAAACCAGGCUCCUGGUAAAAAUGAAUAAAUGUGUGCGUUCUUAGUAUUUUCCACCUCUUGUUAUCUCUUCUGGGUCAGACUAAUCAAACCGCCUUCCUUGCUGAGAAUGGAAUUUCUGUUUCUUCUCUGUAGCCCGGACUCAUCUUGGUGACAGUAUGGAGAACAAUGGAUAUUCCAGUUAUGGGGUAUGGCACCCCACAAUAAGGAACUGCAUUAUAACAUCACACAGCUUUGAUAGCUUUAGCUGUGAAGUAGUUUAUAAAUAAACAAAUACAUAAAAGCCACAGUUGUACAACACUUAAGCAAAUAAGCAAAUGCUUGGAAAAGUACUUGUUACAUAUAGAAACUCUCUAGUAUGUUCUCAUUAAGAUGAGGAUUUCAUAAGCUGGCUUCCUAUGAAAUUUAUGAAGGCCCACCUCAGUGUUUGCAUUGGGAAGAAUUGUGGGUUUUUUGGUCUCUGCUGCAGGCCUGCCCACCAACUUAUGUACUGUUGGGGUAGCUUCCAUUCUGGGGCCUGAAGGACCUCAAAUCAAAUCACUCUUCAUCUAAGUUUUCUACCUAAGAGCUCUAUAGAUGUUGUGAUUGUGUAGGACCAAAGAAUGUGCAGCAAGGAGAGAGAAAAUUAUAGGUCAUAUCCAACCAGGUUUUACUCAGCGUAGACCCAUUAAAUUUAUUCCAGUGGCUGUGAGUGGAGUUUUAGUAACUUGAGUAGCUGCUUGCCUUUUCCCCAUGACUAGGAAAAGCAGAGUAGAUUGUACACAUUUGUUCUGCUUAUGUAUUUUAUUCAGGUCACAGAACUGUUUUCCUUGGUACAUAAUUUGGAUUGUACCAAAUUCAAAGUUUUUUGUAGAUAUUCUUUGGGCUUUUACUUUUUACAGUGCUAGUAUCCCAGCUGCACAAUAACAAUUUUAUGAUGGUGCUAAAAGCAGUUGAGUGUGCUGAAUAACUUGAACUUCAGGUUCUACAGUCAUUCAGCAAGUUAAUAUUGCACUUUGGUUUUUCUCUAUAAAAUAGAGGCUAUACUUAAUCUUAGCAUCUCUGCAAUCUUAUUCUUCACUGUUUUGGCAUAAAGUGCUUGCGUUGCAAAAAUAGCUAACUGUUGUUGAUUGGUUUAUAUACAGCCAGCAAAAUCUUAAUCGCUUAUGGAAAUCUAGCUAUGUACUAUGAUAAAAUAUUAGUUUAGUGUUACAGUGGUACCUCGGGUUAAGAACUCAAUUCGUUCUGGAGGUCCGAUCUUAACCUGAAUCUGUUCUUAACCUGAAGCACCACGUUAGCUAAUGGGGCCUCCCGCUGCUGCCGCACCGUCGCUGUGCAAUUUCUGUUCUCAUCCUGAAGCAAAGUUCUUAACCCGAGGUACUAUUUCUGGGUUAGCGAAGUCUGUAGCCUGAAGCGUCUGUAACCCGAGGUACCACUGUACUAGUUCUUCACUAGAAAUGAUUACACAUGGCUUAUAUAUUAAGAACUGUAAGGAUGAAGUAAAUUACAUCUCACUAGAGUUUCAGUCUUUUAGAAGAUUUUCCAUUCCGCACAACCCAGUGGAAUCCAACUAUAGUCAUACAGCUCUUUUUAAGUUUCAUCUUGCAUUGAAGAAAAUAUUUGAGGCAACUUAUUGAACUACGUUUUUCUGUUUUUUUAUUAUUGUUGUUUUCAGCUAUGCAAAAAAAGAAUCUGAUCUAAAUGGAGCAAUGCUUAAGCUUCGAGAGUUUGAAGCUGCUCUGAAUGCUAAAGAAGCUGCACUUGCCAUAGCACUUGGUGAUAAGAAAAGCCUGGAGGUGGACCUUGAAGAUUUAAAAGAUCAGAUUGCUCAGGUAAAUAUAUAAGUUACUACACAAUGCGCUUCAGGCCAGCUUGGAAUAAGCAGCAACAUCAUCUUAUAAAUGUGGCUACAGCUCGUUGAGUAGUUAAUAAUGCUCACUAUUUUAAUUAAAACAAAACUGGUGAGUGUGUUGAGAAAUUACGGGGUGGGAUCUGCACACCAGAGCAGAUUUUGGUGUGAACAGGAGGCUAAAUGGGGGGUGGGAAAGGAAGGUGAAGUCUGUUGUGCAACCUGAAGUCUAUUGCACUUGUGACACCAUAGGAAGCAACUUAGUUUCUCAUAAUAGCCUAGUUUGGAUGUAAUGAUAAUGGUUACUGUAAUGUACAGUAGCCUAGAUCUCAUGCACUCACACCUCAGCUGUUUUGGCGCAGCCAGGAGGCAAUCAAAACCUUUAACUUUUGAUUUAAGUCAACUACAGUUUAGCAUUGUGGUCAGACUGUAAGUUAGUUAAUCCUAACUAUGGUUAUUUGAAGCAGAUCCGUUUUCCUAAACUAUGGGUCGAAAUUUACUUGUUUUGGCCAAUCAUUGCUAAGACGAGUAUUUGACAUUAGCCAGGUGCCAGGCGCAUUUUGCAGCUAGCUUUUACCACUUGCGACCACGUGAAGAUUCCUGGGUGCCAGGAUGGCAUCUGGCAUAUCCGCCAUCUAGGGAUCAUUGAAUGGACUGUUUUCACACACUAAGACCCCAUCUUGUAGAAUUCUAUUAGUUAUAUGUUAUCUGCACAAUCAGAAUGAAUUUCUGGAACCAAAUUACUUUUUCUGUGCACCCUGAGCAGGGACAGUCACCAUUAAGAAAAAGAGGUUGGAAUAGGCUAGUAUAUAUGUGGACUGCUGCUGAAUCAAGUGACCUUUCUUCUUUAAGUUCUCAAUGCUCUUGACCUAGCCCAGAGUCGUCAUCUGAACUAGCCAUAUGUUUAACUGAUAAUCACAGUCAGUCCAUUUGAACAAUAAGGCUAUAGAGCUGUCUUGCCCCAAAAUGGCAACUAGACAUUCCAUUUUGGUGAGUGUAACCUUGGUUUAAGGGGAGCUAUUUGGCGCCUAGUUUAUAUAUCUGAGAUUUUCACACUGGCUAAGACUAGUGGCUUGCCUGGGUUCACAUAUAAUACGUAUCUAAUGUUAGUUUGGAACUGAAGGAAAAACCUCCCAGCUCUUUAUGCCAGGCAAAGGGGUGCAGUGUGUAAGCCCCAAGACUUGCUGUUGCUUGUUCCCAUGAUGAUAAACCAAACAACAGUACGUGAGACAUUGUGGAUCAGUAAAUGAGCAGUACUUAAUGAAGAGUGAACUUAACUUCAGUGCAUCAAAUGUGCUUUAUUCUAUCAUUGGCCAGCUUUAUGAAAACUUUGCCAGAUGGCACUUAGUUUUUACUUGUGGUAAUUAUUUUAUGCUAGAAUUGUGUUUUUGCUAAUUUGUAAUUAUUUCUUUUAAGCUUGAAGCAUCUUUAGCUGCUGCUAAGAAGCAGCUCGUGGAUGAAACUUUACUGAAAGUGGAUCUUGAAAAUCGCUGUCAAAGUUUGAUUGAAGACCUGGAGUUCCGAAAAAAUAUUUAUGAAGAGGUAAUAUAGUUCAGGUUCUAAGGUAAUGUUAUGCAGUGACAAGCUAGUGUGCACCCUGGCUUCAAAUCAGGUCUCUGUGUCUGCCUCCAAGUAGUGAUAGAGUGAUCAGUCUAUUUCUGAUCUGUGAGCACUAAACUUCAAUUUUAAAAACAACAACACAAAUUGGUGUUUUGAUUUGAACUUAAAAUUGGAUGUGUGCUAUGUCUCAAUGUAUGUAUUUCUAAAGGUGAUUUAUCCUAAAAUACAUGUUUUAUGCAUUUUCGUAAAAAUUUUGAGUAGAGAACUAUCGUAAUAUUUGGGAAAGCAUGCUGUCCGAAGGAUUAUUGUGUUUUGAUCCAUGUAUUAGUAUGGGAAGUGAGUAUAAGGUCAGUUGCUUAUAAAAGCAAACCAAAUACAUUUCUCCAUCUUUACUUCAGACUCUCCAAGACUGGGUUUCUCAGCAUUGCUUCCAGUCAGUGAAGGAGGAGAUAUACCCUCCUUUUUCUAUACCUGAAGCAUCUCCAGCUAUUUCCUGUGCCAGCCCAUUGCCCUAGCUUACAUGGCAAAAGGGGGUACUUAAGAGACAUGACCAGGACUGUUUACUUAACAGAAGAACUGGUUUGACCUUUUUAGCAAUAUUCUCAGAUCCAGUCUUACAAAUAAAGAACCCUAAGACUGGAAGCUAUCCCAAGUGGAUACCCAUUCAAAUCCCCAAGCUUAUAACAGUAAUAUGUUGGAGCACAUUUAGUAAGGAGAUUUGGAGGGGGGGGCAUCCUCAUAAAAGUGGCAUAUCCAAAAAAUAUAUUUGGAGUAUUUCUCUUAAAAGCUGAGCCCCAAGAAACCUAUUUAAGCGAGACUUUCCUUCUUAUCAGUAGACAAAGCAAUUGCAAUCUAGCUGGAAAGCCAAUGGGGUCAUACUUUAUUUAAUAUGCCAUCCUUGCUUUUCUUUGCUUGGUGAAAUUGUGUUAUUGAAAAGUAAUGUUAUUCCUCCUUAGGAAAUCAAUGAGACAAGAAGAAAGCAUGAGACCCGUCUUGUUGAGGUGGACUCCGGGCGUCGGAUAGAUUAUGAGCACAAACUUGCUCAGGCGCUUCAAGAAAUGAGAGAGCAGCAUGAUGUGCAAGUGAAAAUGUAUAAGGAGGAGCUUGAAGAGACAUACCAUGCCAAAGUAUUAAUAUUUACUCUUGCAUAUAAUAAAAUCCUGAUCGUUGUGUUACAGAGACUUUGUCUGAAUAAUUGAAAUAGAAACUGUUUCUGGAUGUGAGCUUAAAUUUCAUUUCUUCUAGAGAUUGAUAGGUAGUAAUGGGUUAAACACCAACAUUCAAAAUAGAAAUUUCCUUUAACGUGAAUGCUCCAUUUAAAAACAAAACUUAUUUUGAACUAGUGUAGCUGUAGCGAAUAAAACUGAAACACAUUUUUUUUUAAUCUGGGCAAAGAAGCAAAGUGGAAUAUAUAUUCAAGUCAAGAAGGGUGCAUGUUAACAUUUCAGAAAAGCUUUGCUAAUGUUAAAGAUGAAUUACUGUAGACAACUGGAAUGUUUGAAGAGCAGGGCGUUUUCUUAUAGUCAACCUGGGGCUGCAGGCUUCCCUGUGUCGUACUUGACUGAUCUAGUACAGAAUGAGCUGUUCAGAAACCACUUGCUUAAGAAAAGGUAGUGCGGGCCCGCACCAUUUAAGUGCUAUCCAAUCAGUGCAGCCAAAGUUACUGCUAGUCCUUCAUAUCUGGCCAACAUCCCAGGCUAUCCCAUUUCCUUGUCUUGUGCAUCCUACUUCGUUGCAGUUAAGCUGAAAGGGCCUUUGCUAUGCACCUAAAGACUCCUGCUCGCAUUUGUAGAUUUACUUCUAUGGAGAUCCUGAAGGUCUUAACAUGGUGAAUACAGUGGUACCUCCGGUUGCAAACGGGAUCCGUUCCGGAGGCCCGUUCACAACAUAAGCAGAACGCAACCUGCGUCUGUGCGGGUCACGACUCGCUGCUUCUGCUCAUGCACGUGACGUCAUUUUGAGCGUCUGUGCAUGUGCGAGCGGCGAAACCCGGAAGUAACCCUUUCUGGUACUUCCGGGUCGCCGCGGGAUGCAACCUGAAAAUGCUCAACCUGAAGCAAACGUAACAUGAGGUAUGACUGUAGUGCUUUUCCAAGACGGAGUCAUUCGGCAGUCAAAUGAAUUUCCUGCUUACUGUGUUUCUUUCCUUCAUAUGUAGCCUUAAAACUUAGCUAGCCUCAGAAGGCAUUCUUAAGAUACUGUCUGUUAGUCUAUGUGCUGUCUUGUGAAGCUGUACUUCAUUGCAUUGGAAAACUUGCAACUGUAGUAUAGCUGAUGUGGAUUGUUUUCUUUUAAAAGCAUUAAGCAACAACACCAUUACCUUCAACUAAGUUGAGUUCACUUGUAGCUAUAUGACUCUGAACAGUUUUGGAUCACUGUUGAAAGUUAUUGAGGAGCCAUUCUAUAAGUUCAGAAGGUCACUUUGAUGGUUUUUCUAGUAAAUCCUUGCAUUCCUUUGAACAUUAUUUGCUAUCUUAGUUCCUUUGCUUAUUAAAUGCUUCCAUAUUUAGUUGAAAGAGUUGAGGAAAUGGCAGGUGGCCUAAGGGGAAAAUAAGGAUAAAAGAAUCUGAAUAUUUUUUGUGGUUGGAGGGGUUGUCCCGAAGAAAUAUUACAUAUGUUCUUAGCUGUCAGAUUUUCAGAAAAGCCUGCAUGACAGGUUUCCUGUAUUACACGCAAUGUGUGCCUUACUUAAUGUUGUUGCAGAUAUUUUAAAGUACAAGCACUUGCUUCUCUAUUUGUUGGCAGACCAAAUGUGGAGUGUGUUCUGCUUGUUUUCCUGCAGCUUGAGAACGCCAGACUCUCUUCUGAAAUGUCUAGCUCUGCAGCCAACACUGUCAGAGAAGAACUCAUGGAAAGUCGCAUGCGCAUUGACAGCCUCUCUUCCCAACUGGCUAAUUUGCAGAAAGAGGUAAGGGAUUCCACAGUCCUGUCUUUAUCACCUUAGUAGCAGGUAAGUACUUCUCAGAUAUUUUAUACAUUACAUUACAAGUAGUUCAGUGGUUUUCCGGGCUACUGUUGUGUGUGUUGUACUUUAAUCUUUGUAUUCUUUUUUUUAAAAAUCCUGCGUUUGAAAUAGACUGGGCCAAUUUGUUGUCCAUUUUGGGGUCAAUUCCACCUUUUGUUCCCCUCUUGAUUUAUGAAACUUUUACUAUUGUUCAGUCUGACUCCAUUGUAUUGAUUACUGAAAAUGAACAAGUGCUUCUUUUUAGACAAGAGGAAUUCAUUCUUUGUUUGUGCUAUCAUUCUGCUGGAGCAUAGAAUUCAGUUUCCUGAGAUUCUCAGCUUUCAUUUCUAAUUUUUAAAUAAUAAACAGUGUUUUUGGCCCUUAUGUUUAUGAAGAUAUGCUGGAACGUUUGUAGGGAAUACCCAAAUUUGGGGUGACUUUAUUGGCCAACCAAAAACUUGUCACUAGGACAUGCCCAAAGGAGUGGGGACUUCUCCCUGACCUUAUGCUGCAUCUUUGAAACAUAGCACUUCAGGAGCAAACAGAAACUCCUCUAUUGUUCCUCUCAAACUUGCCAAUGGGGAGGGGUGGAUUUGUUUGUUUUUGCCUGUCAGUUGGUGCUGCAGCCCCUCUCAAGGUUUGAAGUCAGUGAGGGGAGGUCAAGGAUGGUUUGGGAUCUCAUCUUGUAUCCAGUAAAUACAGAGUUAAAACAAAUGACAGACUUUCAUCCCCACGCCAGCACCCCAUAGCUCUGGUCCCAGGAAGAAGCCUUUGGCUCAAUCUCAGUCAGCAGAGCCUGGUUGACUUCUCUCACCACGUCAGGAUAGGAGAGUGAAAUUGACAUACAGUAGUGAUAUGUAGUGAUUCCUCAGAAGAUCAGAGGGGCCCAAACAUUAUUUGCAGGGUCUGGGGUAGGGCUUCAGGGUCCUCCUUAGCCCCUUCUUUUAACCAGUAAAAUCAAAAUGGUCCUUCAUAGCCAACCCAGGCAUUUAUGUAAGCUUGCUCAAUUUACAGAACUAUAUGGGUUGCAAAAUUGAGAUUAUUUUGGUUCACUUUCAAUUUUCUGUUCAGUGUGCACAACAUCACUGAUUAUCAUCAGCUGCAUCUUAAUGCCAUUCUCUUUCUUAAGCCAUGCCCUUUGCGUAAUAUGCUAGCAAAUGAGAAAAUAUAAGAAGUGCUGCAGCUUGUCUGUGUUCCAGUAAUGAGCCAGUUCUGCAAUUGUUCAGUGACUUGCUAGAUUUAUUCUUGCCCAACAUAGGAAGUGUCUGUACGUGUGUGUGUUCUGUUUGUGCUUUUUUUGAAAACAGAUUCACAACCAUAGACAUCAGCUUUGUCACUUUUAAAUAUGAAGCAAUAGACACAAUACCUUGCACAACAGGCAAUUUGUAUUAAAAACAGGAAUGUAACACUUGCAUAGCUCUUCAUAUUCAUUCUAUGUCUUUGAAUAUUGGCUUUUAGAAAUUAAAAUUCCUGAAGUUGGUGUCUGUGCAUUUUUUAUUUUCUUUUUUAGUCUAGAGAAUGGCUAGAAAGGAUGCAAGAACUGGAGGAUAUCCUGGCUAAAGAAAGAGAUAACUUUCGCAGGGCACUGUCUGAUAAAGAGAGAGAGAUGGCAGAGAUAAGAGACCAAAUGCAACAGCAGUUGAGUGAUUAUGAACAACUCCUUGAUGUAAAAUUGGCACUUGACAUGGAGAUCAGUGCAUACAGAAAGCUCUUGGAAGGUGAAGAAGAAAGGUAAGAAAUAGUUGUCAUUUUACAGGAGAAUGGAAGUUAUCCUAAAGAUUAUGUACUCCAACUACCUGCCCAAUUAUUCCAGGCACAUGCAGUCCAUGUUUAAGAAGGGGAAGGGAUAUUGGCUAUAUGUGAAGAGCAAAAUGUUUUAACAACUAGAGAUGAAUGAUGGAAAGAGCUUCUCAGUCAAGUGUAAAACUUUUUCCCAGUUGCUGAAUGUGAACACUAGUAUCUCUCCAGGUAUAAUGUCUUAUGAAAUAGAAGGCAUUUAAAUUAUGGUUUAUAGGUAUAUCCAGCCAAACUAUUCCUCUUAUGCUUGGUGUUUUGCAAGGUAAAUAUUUUCUCUUGAAGUUUUAAUGGUUGAUUUAAAUGUUGCUCUUCACCCUGGGCACUCCCAACUGAAAUAGUAUAAUAAUAAUUUUUAAAGGAAACUUAAUCCCUCAUUCCCAGGCCAACCCUGUCCUUGAAAACCCUUAGUCCCAGCCCUGGUUCUUCCCACCCACUCUAAAUGGUGGGGAAAUAAUCCAAAAUGCGCACAUACUUGCUUGAAAUCCAACCUUGCAGGUAAUUAAUAUACUCAAAGUAAUUAUCAGAGUUUACAAAACAUGUUACUAAUCCAUGCUGCCUGAGAAGGAGAGAGAUGAAAGCACACUUGAAACGUGUGUGUUGAUGGGUUUCCUUUUUUCUCUUCUUCUACAGAUUGAAACUUACUCCCAGCCCAUCUUCUCGUGUGACAGUCUCUCGGGCAUCAUCCAGCCGCAGUGUGCGCACAACCAGGGGAAAGAGGAAGAGGGUUGAUGUUGAGGAAUCUGAGGCCAGUAGUAGCGUUAGCAUCUCUCAUUCAGCUUCUGCUACUGGAAAUAUCUGCAUUGAGGAAAUAGAUGUAGACGGGAAGUUUAUCCGCUUGAAAAACACUUCUGAGCAGGUAUGGAAACCUGAAUAAUCAGAUGAGGUGGUUAAAAUGUAGAUGACAUUUCCCUGGAUGACCGGAGAAAGAAGCAGCAGCAGCAACAAACAAAUGUUCUCCUGUGACUGAUGACUUGUCCUGCAAAAGUUGAGAGUGGCUCAAGAGUGUAAAACUCUUAAAUGGUCUUACAAGAUGUGUCCCAGGUGAAACAAUAAGGGUUGCAUAGUGAUCAAGUUGAUAUUGAUAGAAAGGGUUAGAAGGCAUAUCUAUUUCACCAUCCUCCCUGUGUUUUGAAUGGUUUGAUGUUCAAGUGUAUAUAAUGACUUAUAUGGUAAGCCAGCUACUUAAACGUUCCAGGGAUAGUGCCUAAAGCCAAAAUCAUAUCUAGUUAAAACAAACUGGGCGCCAUGGCAGGUGGGAUUGCCAAAGGCCUCCCCCCUCCAGAUGCCCCCCUUCUUUCCACCCCAUUUUUAAUUAAUAUUUUUGCCAAGCUGAAUGCGUACAAGACCAGCAGAAGACAAAGUAAAGUGCAGGUACAAUUAUGAAGAAGAUCUGCAGAAGGGACAUGGAAAAGAGUUAAGAGCCUCGGACAUAAGAUCACCAGGUUGAUGGACUAGAUGGAACAGACAGAAAGGACUGACAGAACCCAAGACCAGGAAGAAGAGACGGUGGAUGAAGAUUGGCAGAAAGCUUAAAAAUUCAUUUAGAGAAAUAUUGCAAAAUUAAUGACUGUUAGGAAAAUCUUGGAAUGAAACUAUUAGGCUUUAGUAGAAAUGUUAUAAGGAGUUAUGUAUAAAUAAGUUUUUAAGUUCUAAGGUGUUUUUUUAUGGUAAGAUAAGGCUAAAAUAAAUUAAGACAACUAAAGGACAGAAUACAGUGAAAGAUGGAAAGGAUUUGCUGAGAUAAUUAAUAAUUAGAAUACAAAAAAGGGAAGUGUGGAGGUCGAGGAAACAAGUUAAUGAAGAUAAGGGUAUGAGAAUAUUGGAUUUGUUUUUAAAUUUAUUCUUUUGCUCUUGUUUUUGAUUUUAGUGUAUUGUAUGUUUUGUACUUUUUAUUCUCCUUUUAUUGAUUUAUAUUGUUUAAUCUCUUUUUUCUUGCUUUUUCUUUUUCUUUUUUUAAUGUAACUUUAAAUUCCCAAUAAAUAUCAUUUUUUAAAAAAAAUAAAAAAUGAAUGCGCACAUGUUAAAUGCCUAUAACUUGCAAGUGCACUGUAGUGACAUUCUAUACAUUGAUAUUCAGAAGUACGCCCCAUUGAAUUCAGCAGGACUUCCUCCCAGGUAACCAUAUAUAGUUGAAGUGGGGUACCUCUGGGCUGUGGUCUUAAUCAUGCCCACCAGAGCAUUUUGUCCCAAGCCAUGUGCACCUGUCCUACAUUUGACAUAUAUGAUGGGUUGGGGGGGGGCAGCUAAAAACCUUACUAACUGAAAGGGAUGCCUGCAGGCACUAGCAGUUGGCAAAGCCCUUUUCAAUGUGCUGUGCAAGAUCACAGAGGGAUUUCUGAAGACCCCUGCAGUCAGAAAAGGUGAUGUCAGGUGAUUGACAGGUGGGCAGCCUGUCUGUGUCAAAUGUUGUUCAUAAGGGGUCAGGUGGGGAUAAAAACAACCUGGUUUAUAAGACUAGUCUUAAUGUUCAGAAAUAAGUACAUAAUGGCUUGACAUUAAAACAUCACCUGCUUUUGUUUAGGACCAACCAAUGGGAGGUUGGGAGAUGAUAAGGAAAAUAGGAGACUCUUCUGUCACUUACAAAUAUACCUCAAGAUAUGUGCUGAAGGCAGGCCAGACUGUUACAGUAAGUGAAACCUACUUUUUGAGAUAUCAAAAUGUAACUUGGGAUUAGCGUGUUGGAAACGUGCUUUGGGUCUAACGUGGGUUCUUUGGUAAUUGCUGCUGCUGCUCCAAUCUAGGUGUAUGUAUUUCAUUUUCUAUUAAGGACUUUCAGUGGCUUCCUAAAGAGUUGCAAACAUUGUUUACACACAGUGAUCCUAGUAAAUUCAUCUCUUGAAAACCCUUUGGUGGAAUAAUAGGAAAAUGGUGGUGGAAUAUUUAUCUGGUUGGAACAGAAUGAGCUUUUAACCUUUUCCCUGUGCCAGUCUCGAUAUUUUUCUCUCAGACUUGGGCUGUUUCUUCUACUGCCAGGCUUUCUGGUGCUGAGCCUGGUUAGAAGCAAAAUGUAAAAGGUGGAGAUGGGUGGGUUUGUCACUCCUCCCCAACACCAGUUUUCCUGUGUCAGUAUUCUGAGGGAAACAGUAACUCCUGCUUAGCGAGUGAUGCUACUUUGCACUUAGGCACCUCUAAACAUGAGAGGCAAAAUAGAGCAUGCAUGAGCAAAAAGUGUGUCACCAACUGGAAAAGUUUGGAAAGCUCUGGUGUGAGCCAUCUAACCUGCACCCAUGGCAAUUACAGAACUCUCCAGAAAGCUGUGGGUCCUGGGUCUGUUUUGGAAGGGCAUGACUCCACCCUGCAGAUAUCUACAUUAUCUACAGAUAUUGCAAAUGGGGUGCAACUUGUAUGGUACUCUAUAAAUCGCUUUUUAUAAAGUUCAGUUAAGAAAAUUUAUUACAAAUGCAGUUAUUAUGGAUCAAUCCCUUUAAGCUGAAUGUAUUUGUCUAGGUCUUCUGCCAUUUAUUUGCUUCCAGAACUAUUGCUAUAGAUAGAGCUUGCAUAAUUCUUUUCUGGAAGACGUAUUUUAAUCCUGAUUGACGUAUCUUUCCCUUUCCCAGAUAUGGGCUGCUAAUGCUGGAGUAACAGCCAGUCCUCCUUCUGACCUCAUCUGGAAGAACCAAAACUCUUGGGGCACUGGCAAAGAUGUGAAAGUUGUGCUGAAAAACUCUCAGGGAGAGGUAAUGUUGGAAACCUGGCUAACCUAUGCUCAUCACAAACUAAUUUGUAUAGUGAGAAUAGCCCCCAAAGUGGAACAGAACUGUACUUUUUGCUUGGAUAUUGUGAUGGGAUGAUGAGCUGCUUGUGCGUAAAAUCGUAUCCCCUCAGAGUUUGUUCAAGUCCACAAACCUCUGUCUGUGACGGAGCCCCUCAGACAUGGCUACUCUAGUCACUAGCAGAUUCCGACAGUGGUUGCUUUCGUAAUCGCUUCCAACAUAAAAGCUCCUUAACGGAAACACGUCUUCUGGAAUCUCUGCGUGACAGUUUCCGGCGAGGAGUGGGUGUUCUUACAGGAGGUCCUGAAACCUCCCCACUGUUUUCGCUGGAAGUGUCUCUGAGCCAUCCCUCCAGCUCAGCUCCUCUCCCCUGCUGGUUCCCUCUUCAGCUGCUGCGUCUCUCCCAACCUGUGUGAGCCCUUUCACCUCCCUGUUGGUUCCCUCUUCAGCUGCUGCGUCUCUCCCAACCUGUGUGAGCCCUUUCACCUCCCUGUUGGUUCCCUCUUCAGCUGCUGCGUCUCUCCCAACCUGUGUGAGCCCUUUCACCUCCCUUCCGUCCGAUGGCAGUUCCCUGACAGAUAUAUAGUGUACUGGUACAAGCCACUAGUACAGUCUGUGUCAGAUUCUAGAUUGACAACAGUCAUACUAACAUCCAACAAAUGGUCACUAAAAAAUGCCAGAUAGCUUAACAUUACCUUAAUGUUGCAAGCAUUGAAUAACUGAACAGCUGCAUCUGUUACAGGAAGUUGCUCAGAGAAGCACCGUCUUCAAGACAACUUUACUUGAAGUUGAAGAGGUGGAGGAAGUAGAUGAAGAACCAGCUGAAGCUGUAGAAGAAGAGGAUCUAUUCCACCAGCAGGUAUCUUAUAACUUACUCGCACUGGUAUGCUUUCGAACUGCUAGGUUGGCAGGAGCUGGGACAGAGCAACAGGAGCUCACUGCUGUCAUGCAGAUUUGAACCGCCAACCUUCCGAUUGGCAAUCCCAAGAGGCUCAGUGGUUUAGACCACAGCGCCACCUGCUUCCUGUAACUUAAAUAGUGAUGUGGAAAAUAAACCUAUUUCCCUAGUGACCUUGGCAGGAGAACAAUCCAGGUAAUUGGUUUAAAAAAAAUCAAAAUAUUGGUAUUUGGAAGAAUUCCUGCAACUCUUUCAUAUUGCCACAGUGAAGUAAAGUUAUGUCCAUAGUAACCUUCUGUGUAUCUAAAGGUCUUAAGAUGUAGCAAUUUUAGUGGCCACUAUGAGGUAAGCAUUAUGUGAGUCCCAAGCAGAGCCCAAAGGUGGGGAACCUAGCCCUCCAGAUGUUAUUGGACCAACUUCCAUCAGCCCCAGCCAGGAUGACUUAAUGGUCAGGGAUGAUGGGAGUUGUAGUCCAACAGCAACAGGAUGGGUUCCCUAUGCCUAACAUAGGCUCUCAUUGGUAAUUUGAGAAUCUCGGCUGCAGAGACACUGAUGUGCUAGAGAACAUGUGGGCCAAUUCUGGCUAAAAGGGCUGAAACUAAAUUGUAUUGCUCAUCACAGCUUUAAACAUGCAUGGCUUGCAUUGCACUAGAUCAAAAUCAUGGCCUAGAGCUGUGGCAGGCAAUAUUCUGUUUAACUCAUUGUGCAGCCUACAAUUUUAUGCCAAGCAUUACAUUUUGAAACUUGACUUUCCAAUAAGGCACUAUAUUGUGGAAAGCAGUGGUUUUGGUUCCUCUCUGAGCAAGAUCUCUUUGCUCAUCAGCCAUGAAUUUAGAAUGUACUGGUAGUUACCCUUUGCACAUGAACUCCUGCUCAAGCCCUUCAAAUUGCUCAUGCUGGCAGGGACUGAUGGGAGUGAACAAUAUCUGAAGAAAGUACAUGUUCUCCACCCCUGGCUCAAAGUGUUUCCUGCUUGAUAAAACAUGUGCCCAUGAAUUUGUCCACAAGCAGUUCCCAUGACAAAAAGCUCAGUGAAGAAGGCAGACUGUUAAAAACAGUUCAUCAAACUACAAUUAUUGAAAGAUACUUAAAAUGUCCCUACUUUAACCUUAAUUAAAGCUGUCUUUUCUCUCUUUAAAACAGGGAGACCCACGAACAGCCAACAAAAGCUGUGCAAUCAUGUAAACUCGUCAUCUGUAUAUCCUCAGUUAUGUUAAUCCCUUCCUGCAGAGAAGAACUUGCUUGGAAGCACAAUAUUUUUGUAUUUCCUUUUGUGAAUUUUAAAGCUGUGUCUGGCCUUAAUUUCAUUUGUCACAGAGAUGGAGCUUUUUGUAAGUGAAACCCAUAUAUAUAGCUUUUUGAAAUGUGAAAUAUUGACACUGAAUAAUGUACUGUUUUUCAAAAACAGCCCUCAUUUUUAUGCUGGUCCUUUUCUAAUAUCUUCAUUUAGGAAUAAUAAACUACUGUGUGGGGGGUUUGUUAGUUAGAUUAGGCAUCUACUCUUUGUCCUUUUACAUUAUUAGAUUUUUUUUUUUUUGGAAGGGGAAGUAAAGGGGCACUCAACAAAACCUUUUAUACUGAAAACUUUUGUAUUUUAGCUAUCAGGUUAUACAAGUUUUACUUGGAACAUUUGUAAAGAACAUUAUCCAACAAUUGCAUCAUAAAUAGAAGGAUGAAGGAUUCAAUAAAAUUCUUUCGCUAGUUUUGCUUCACUUAGAAACUUUACCACAAAUCAGGCUUAUGAUAAUGUGUUAGGUGUGUUUUUUAAAUUCUAGUGUAACCUGCAUACCUUUUCAUGUCAAAUUAACAAAUAAAAGUUACCUUAAGAAGGGACUUGUAUUUUUUUUGGCGGGCGGGGGGGGGAUACUCUUUUCCUUUAGAAAUGAAAUGUGGAACCAUCAGAUUUGUUGGUGAAAGAAACUGUAUUUAAUGACCGGUGUACUUUUUGUGCUUAGACCAAUUCUUUUUAGCUAUGUACUUGUCUUUAUUUUUAUUAAACAUUUAUUCAAAAGUUACAAUAC